AUGCCUUUCUCCUCCUCCUCCUCUUCCUCCUCUUCCCCGCCCGAAGCGUCCACCACCCCGCUCGCCGACUACUUCUGGAUCGCUGGUGUGGAUGGAACAGAGGUCUUGGAAACCUAUCGCAGAUUAGGGGAUGAAUACCGUGCCAACAAUGCCACUUCUCCGGGCCCCGCCGUUACAGAUACCAUCGAGGAAGAUGCCGAUGCCGAGGAGGAUUCUCAUCUGGACAGUCUCUCCCGUCCCAUUUCCAUGGCCGGGAACCGGACCUCCUUCCAGCGCUUCUCCAUGCGCUCGGUCGAUCCCGAACCCAACGAGAAUGGCACCCACAGCAACCGCAGUAGUAUGACAAUUAAGGGUGCCCCUUCUCCUCGGGGCUCCUCCUUCCUUGAAGACUUCGACUUUGACAAAGCGCUGUUCAAGUUCGCGUCGGAGAGGGAGUCAUUUCUGUCGGAUCUCAAUGUCAGCGCGGGCGCAAUCACCCCCUCGACUCGUCCCAGGUCCAGAUUACGCACCCAGAAGAUCGUCUCCGAGGAGACCCCACAGCCUGCGGGCCUGCUCCGGUCUAGUAUAGGUAGUGUGCGGCGACACAUGGCAUUCCGCGAUAUGAACAGUAUGAAGCGGCAACCCUCGAUUGCUCGUCAAGCAUCCAUCCGUACCUCGCGACGUCUGAGUAAUUACAACUCGGUGAUACCUGUUCCGCAACCGCUCGAAAUCUCUCCCACUAUGCACCCCCUAAAGCGGAGGUUCGAGCCCGUCCUUCUCGACCGGUAUCCGACCAAAGGCAUGUCCGACGAACUGAAGCUGCGAGGGAAUUUCCCGGAUUAUGUGCCCAUGUUUGCUUUUCCGAACGAUAUCAACAUUGUUUCGUCGGAUCAAAGGCCGCGAUCCACCUGGCACGGCUUCGUCAUGACCACUGAUAACGGCUCACGCCUGCACGCCAUCUGUCUCAUCAUCUGGAUCCCACUCAACCAGCGAGCGGCCGAAGAACUGGAGAAGCGUUGCGAGGAGUGGCGGAAGGACAACAUGACCGAUGAAGAGAGGGAGCUGGCGGCGAGUCUUGGUGAGAGGCUGGCAAGUGAGCGAGCUAAACUCUCUAGGCUUCUCGCUCAGCUACCCACGGUGCCUUCAGGGUCAGAGUCACGAGAGCAACUGGAAGAUGAGAUCAGUGCGGUGGAAGAGAAGAUCACUUUAAUGACGGACCUCUUGCGUCCAGUCCGUCACGGUGCAGCAUCGAAGAUCGAGGGUUUGACCGAUGGGGAUACUGGAUUUUGGAUCCCCCGUGCCUACGGUAUCCUAGGCCGAGAGGAAAACAUGACCAGCUUCUGGAAGGAAUGGCUGAAGGCUGUCGUUGUUCCAAUGACGGACGGCAGCCUCCAGAGGAUCCCCCCAAGCUCUCCACGUAUGGGCAUCUGGCAACCCCUCGAGCGAUAUGUGAUGAACUUGUGUACAGAGGCGUUCAGUCCCAACUCGUCCAAGACUCAAGUGGAGCUUGCAGUGCGCGAGUUGCGUCUUUUUGCUCGCAAGGAGGCUGCCAAUGAGCUUCCGGGCUCUCGGAACACCGACCUCUAUGCGCUAUUCCGGGCCCUGUCGUUACAGAACAUCAUGAUCUUGUUCGAGUACGCUCUUACGGAGUCGCGUAUUAUUCUCUUGUCAUCCCACACAUCGAUGCUGUACCUGGCGACCAAGGCCAUCGUUGACCUGUUGUUCCCGCUGCAGUGGGCCGGUGUUCUUAUCCCUAUCCUGCCCGCACGACUCAUCCAGGCUCUGGAAGCCCCUUGUCCCUACAUUGUAGGUAUUGAGCGUCGGUAUGAAAAGGUCGAGCUGCCAUCAGAUGAUUUUGUGUUGGUCGAUUUGGAUGCCGACCUUAUCGAAAGCACUGUUCAACCAACGCCGCUCCCCCGUCAUCAGCGCAGAAAGCUGCUUUCUUUACUCCAGCUAGCUGCUCCUCAUCACAGUCGGUGUGGGGUACCCACUGGGCCACCGGCAUAUGCUGUGGAAACAUACCCCUUUGAUGCAUUCAUGUCGGAGAACUCCUCUAUUUUCUCGUCCAAGGCCCAAUCGACCCAGUUGGCGAAAUACGUCAGUCUCAACUCGAGCGCUUUCGGAGCCACUUCUGUAACUCCGAAUACCCAGCCCCCACUCAUCUUUAACGCCUAUCUGCAUGCUCGCUAUGAGCAGGCUGCUUCAAGGGGGUAUUCGUCCAAGGGCCUAGACCGGCCGGGAACUGGCUCGACGCAUAAGACCGGCUCCCCGCCCUCUCCCAGGGACAUCUCACCCACAUCCGGCCAUUUCCCGUCGGUCUCCGGCUCCCGUGCUGAUUCCGGUACGACGUUGCAGGCAUCGCUGCGCGAGAAACGUUCGGGCCACUUUGAUGCAGCAUCUCGGCGUAGCUCGUCAUUCGGGAUGGACAUGCGUACUGGUGUUCCACGCCGGCCCAGUGCUCCCUUCCUCGGCCACGCGCCCAAUCUAUCCGUUACUACAUUGAACACCGACUAUAACCCGGGUUCCACAUAUGCACCUUCGGUGUAUGCACAGUCCACAGUCGCUGCGUCGACGAUAGUCCCCCAGGCUUCCGCGCAGCCCAUUCACAACGCAGAAGGUACCUGCUGGGUGGAGGGGCAUUGCUUGCAAGUACAGCCGUGGGAUGACAAAGCCACCUGUGCAAUUUGUGAUGACCAGGCGGAAGAAAACAUGUACAAGUGUACCGCCUGUAAGACAGUGGUGCACAACCGAUGCGCCCUCCAGAUAUGCAUUGUGUGUCCGGCCGCCUUCCAUCCUGAGCAAGUUCGCGCUGCGUUUGUUCGAUGCUUUGCCAGCUUGUUUUACACAUACAAGACGUUUCUUCAGCCCGCCACGGGUGACAAGAAGAAAGCCGGGUUGACAUAUAACUUCAACAUGGAAGCCUUCAUGAAGAGCCUGCCCGGAGAGCAUGCGGAAUAUAUUGCUGUCCUGCAACAAACCCAAGGCUUUAACGAGUUUAUCAGCGAACGGGAGAGAGCGAAUCCCAAGUCUCGAGACCCUCGGAUGGCCCUCUUUGAUGAGAUCAUCCUGUCUAAGCGCAAUCGGGGCCGAUCCUCUAUUUUCUCCGGUCGUAGUAUGACGGACUUCCUCUCUGACACGUCAAACCACCUCUGGAGAACCGCGAGCGCCACAUCCUUUGGAGGGGGUAGUAGGAGCCAGAACAGCAUGUCCGGGGACUACAGCCGGCUAGUCUCACGAGGAACCCCGCAUGAUCCAUGGGGCGCCUCGGGUUUCGAAGACGGCAAAUACUGCACGCAGAAAGCCGCUUCCCAAGCUCAUGAACGGGCUUGCCAUAUCACCCCCAUAAAGGAGGGGAGAUCACAUUGGUGGAGUGCACAUUCCGAAAGAUCACUAUUGGAUAUGGCACGGCCCCGUGUGACACCAAACCGCCACGUAUCUCAUGUCGUAUCUCUUGGUCCGGACCUAUUGCUAUUGCAUGCGAGUAGAGACAAUGUGGAUACGUGCGGUGGGUUACCAUUACCGCAUCUCACUUACGAGUGGCCCGCGACCGUGUUUGAAACACUCGUCGCACCGUGCCUCAGAUCCCGGCGCAACAUGACCCCUGAAUUGCAGCAUUUGGUCUGCAAGCCAGGCUUAAUGCUUACUAAAAAUCAAACGUCUGACUGAGGGUCAUGGAUCGAAGGCCUCGGGUGAUCUAUAGCUUCACGUGAAGGGGGCCUAGUCAACCGCUCAUCUUGAAGCAGGAUCGCCCGGGAAUCAUUGGAUACCAUGACGGACCUCAGUUUGCGACGAGCAUAAUAAUGAUUGUCUGGCAUGCCAGUCACCCGGCUUUGCAGUCGCCAGAGUACAUACAUCCUAUGCAUCCAUGUACACAUAACUACCACAUACCUCCCCCAUACAUAUGUUGCACUGAACCCAUUUGCCUGAACAUGAACGAGCAUCCACCGAUGCUGGAACAGGUAUGCAUUUCUUACCUGGUGUCAUUAUUCGAACUUCUUUGUUGUUUUCAUUUCGAAGAGCAUGUUGGUUUUUGUUUCUUUCCAAUACCCCCUUUUGAUUGGCUGGUAUUUCUUUUUAAUCUAUUCGAGUGCCUUUCUGGACUAUUGGUGGAUUCAGCCGUCAUGUUACAUAAGGAUUCUUCUGCACCAAUUGAUCACUUGCCACCUGUGGUACACCGAUAUGCAUUGAAGUAUUGAUGAAGUACUUUGUAGAGCCGGGCAUCGGCCCUGGCUGUAAGGCUGAUUGUCCUGGCCAGCUGGCCGGAACAUCCGGGGAGUUAGGUCAGCUAUGAUGCAGCAGGGAGGGUGGAGAUGGCGGCCGGUUUUAAUG